AGAGCUUUUUUAUGGAAGCAAAAGAGUGAUAAAAACCAAAGAGGAAGCCAGGAUGCUCUUUGAAGAAUUCCAUUCCUCGCCCAUUGGUGGACACACGGGGAUUGGUAAAACACGUGCUGCCAUCUGUGCCAGAUUUUACUGGCAUGGCAUGUCAGUUGACAUUGAAAAUUGGGUAUUGGAAUGUGAUCAAUGUCAAAAAGUUGGAAAGCCUUUGACUGCUGUGCAGACCUUACAGUGCAUCAAGGUAAAUAAGUGCAGUAACAUACAGUAUACAUAUACUAAACCUACUUUAUACACACUAAACUUACUUUACAUUUGGUGGACUUGAUAGGUUUCUGCUGUUUGGGAGCUUGUUGGCAUUGAUUUAACUGGACCAUUACCUGAAACUGCAGAUGGCUUUAAAUACAUCCUCACAGCCACAGACUACUUCUCUAAGUGGGUUGAGGCUUUUCCUUUAAAAACCAAGACAGCAGCUGAAGUUGGAAGACAUCUCUGUUCCAUCAUUUAUAGGCAUGGUUGUCCCCAGAGAAUUCUCUCAGAUCAGGGAAGGGAAUUUGUAAAUGAUCUUAACCACAGGCUUUGUGAAAUGUUGUGCAUCAAAAGAAGUGUGACAGCAGCUUAUCAUCCUCAAACUAAUGGCCUGGAUGAAAAGACCAACGACAACAUUAAACGUAAUGAAGGUCUGGGCUGCAAAUGUCACUGGUCAGGUUGAAGCAGUUGUUGGGCCAUAUAAGCUCUAUGACUCUUCUUUUCACUCACUGCAAGGGGCCGAGUGGCUUGCUGAUGAAGUUAUUGAUGCAUACCUGCACCUGGUCGUUGAAAAACAACAGAACCACAUACACCAGCUUUGUGCAGUUGUUGCACGUUCGUUGUUUGCUGGACAGUUCAGAUGCCUAGGAAAGAUGAAGUUUCCCAUUGAGGACAUUUGGCUGUGCCCUGUGAACGUUGGAGCACAUUGGAUUCUUGUGAUUAUCAACAUGCCUGAAAAAACACUCCUUGUGAUUGACCCAAUGGGAAAUGAACGUUCUUAUGAACAUAAGAUUCUGCGGAACUGGAGGAAUUUUUUAAAACUGAGAUGUGAUGAGCAAACAGCCCAGUGGCAAUUACGGACCCUGAAGCACGACCUGCAGAUGGAUUCCAGCAGUUGUGGAGUAUUGGUAUUGAAUUUUGCUGAACAAUACCUGCUGACAGGAACGAUCAGCAAUGUUCAGACUACGCCUGAAGCGGUCAGCUCAGCACGCAUGAAAGUAGCCUGCACACUUCUUGGAUGUCGAGGUAAUGCAGAGGAGUACUGUGUGCUUUGCAGCAUGCUGGAAGACGACCCCAACGAAAGCAUGAUUGAAAUGGUACAGUGUGAGAGCUGCAAUAGAUGGGCACAUUUUAAAUGUUGCAACUUCAGUAGCCUAAAUGUGUUUAUGUGCAAAAAGUGUGUAGUAUAGUUUGAGUGUAUGUCCCUUUAUCAUUUGCAUUGAUAACAGUCUGCAGCACAGUGUGGUCUUAGUUCAUAUUUAUAUUAAUAACUUAUUGUUUUACUUGUUUUGUAUUGUGCCUCUGUGUUGCAUGAUUUUGAAUUUUGAAAUGAAUUUGAUUAAUAAUCUCCUUUCUGUAUA